AUGCCUCACAGGCAAAAGAGUCAGCACUGCAAGCUUGAGCAAGGGCUUCAGGUCCCCAAAGACGCACAGGGCCUUGUGGGUGUGCAGGUUCCUGAAGCUGAGAAGGUGAAUCACACAGCCUCCUCAUCUUCCUCUACUCUGAUCCAGGGCACCUUGGAGAAGGUGUCUGCUUCUCGAACACCUGGUACUCCCCAGAGUUCUCAGAAAGUCUGCUUCUCCUGCACUACUAUCAAAGCCACUCCAUGGAGUCAAUCUGAUGGGAGUUCCAGAAGCCAGGAAAAGAAGGAUCCAGGUGCCUCCCAGGCCCUGCCAGAGCCCGAGUCCUUGCUUGGUAGCAUGCUGGAGAAGAAGGUGGAUGAGUUGGUGAAAUUCCUGAGUGUCAAGUAUACAACAAAACAGCCCAUCACAGAAGCAGAAAUGCUGAAGAGUGUCAUCAAAGAGCACAAGGAUCACUUCCCUCUGAUCUUUAUGCAAGCCCAUGAAUGCAUGGAGAUUGUCUUUGGCAUUGACAUGAAGGAAGUGGACCCCAUCAGCCAGUCCUAUGUGCUCCUCAAAUCACUAGACCUCACCUACGAUGGGAGGCUGAACGAUGACCAGGGAAUGCCCAAGACCAGCCUCCUGAUUCUUAUCUUUGGUGUGAUCUUCAUAGAGGCCCACUGUGCCUCUGAAGAGAAGAUCUGGGAAGUGCUGAAUAUUAUUGGGGUGUAUGCUGGGUGGAAGGAUUUCAUCUAUGGGGAGCCCAGGAAGCUCAUCACCAGAGAUUUGGUGCAGGAAAAAUACCUGGAGUGCUGUCAGGUACCCAACAGUGAUCCUCCAAGAUAUAAAUUCCGGUGGAGCCCAAGAGCUCAUGCUGAAACCACCAAGAUGAAAGUCCUGGAGUUUUUCUCCAGAGUCAGUGGGAAUGAUGCCAGUUCCUUUCCACUCCUGUAUGAGAAAGCUUUUAAGAGAUGAGGAAGAGAAAGCUCAGGCUAUAAUUGCCACCAUGGGUGGUACUACUGUCAUGGCCAGUGCACAUCCCCGGGCCAAGUCCAGCAGCUUCUCUUGCCCUGAGUGAAGUCUCAGGCAGAUUCUUCACUCUAUGUUUGAAAAGGGAAGUCGAGGUUUUAAGUAAGUAGUAAAGGGCUGAUUGUAGAUUUUUAUCUUUUCGUUUGUUUAUUUGUUUUUGCUUUUUGGUAUUUUUCAAAUGUUUCUCUUAAAAGGCUUAUUAGCUUCCCAAUGUAGAUUCAUGAAUGACAUUGAUCACACAUUUAUUACUGUUUAUCAGGUUUAAGAAUAAAAGUUUUUCUAUUAUAUAAA